AUGUCCGAUAGUGUAAACACGCCACCCCAACGGCCAAAUGUCGCACGCCUUCUCGUUGAGCAUGGGCAAAAGGCUUUUGAUCCCUCGCUUGAUCCCGAAGCCAGAGCGGCCGGGUUAGAGGCUUUCAACAAACUCAUCCAGAGAAGCGAUACGUGGCCUUUAUUGGCUCCGUUGAACACGCUCAUCAAGCCGGGCGCACUCCCACCAUGGCUCGCCGAGCCAUUCAUGCAAACCCUUACCAUGCUGCCUCUGAAGUCAGACGGUGUCCGUGGCACGCUCGAGUUUAUCUUCCAGGUGCACCCGAGUAACGACGGCAAGAUUGAGCCGUCUGCGAAGCCGCAAAAGCAGGAGGCUAGUAUAACCCACGAAGCCGUGGCCCAUGCAACGAGACUUCUCUCGUCCGUGCCCAAGUCCAUCACGCCACAAGCGUGGUUCGAGGGGAUAUCCGGCCAGCUGUUCCACUUGAUGGACGGUAAUGAGGGCGAUGAUCUUGCUAGAGUCGCCGCUCAAGUCGUAGGAUUUGGUGUGCUGGGGAAGCGGUUGUACGGAGAGCCCGGGGCUCCGGGCUGGAACAUUUUCGCGCAGCCAUUUUUAGAAGAUAUCAAUCCCUCAUUGCUGAGCCAGACCAAAGACAGCGACGCUGAACUGGUGGAUCUGAGUCGAGGGCGUGUCAUCGUCACAGCGGAGCAACUGAGAAAGUCCUUUCAACGUGUCAAACUACUUGUUCUCACAAACUCCUCGGCAGGCCUCUGCAAGAGGUUGCUCCAGCCCAUAAUCGCACAGAUAUGGAGCAUUGCUGCACUGCCGCACGCAUCGAGCGAUGGGGCUCUACAGACAGCGGCACAGAGCCUCCUGCAGACAUACCUCAAGCUCUUCGGUACUGCAGACUCUAUUCUGCAUCUGUUCCCGACGGCUCCGAGCAACGGCUCUCUUUCCCAGGAUGCGGAAGCUUGGUUCUACCGAGCGAGCGACGAGGGCGCAGUGGACAUUGUAGCUGGGCAGCCCGAAGCGAACACGGAGGCUGAGGUGGACUGGCAAUUUCUGCAGCAAAAAGCGGCAAUACUGGCGGAAAAAAUGCUGGCUGCCACGUCGAAAGAGGAUACCUCGACCGUUUUCCUCGGCCUCCUGCGUCGAUGGAUCGCCAAGGCGGAGAAGAGUUCGGGCGAGAUAGUGCUCCAGGCGGAGAAGGAGGACGAGCCCACGGAGCCUCCCCAGCAGGAUCUCUUUGAGAUCUCGUUGCUUCAGCAGCUUCUCGACAAGGCACCUGGAAAGCUGGUCAGUCAAUUUGACCAGGUUGUUAGUCUGAUCUGCGAGGUUCUACAGACCGAUUCCCAGGCCUCGCUGGGCGAUGAGCUAGUUGGUGUUGUGCUCAGCUUGCUCAACAUGGUCAUCACGGCGCCUACAUUCCAACGAUCAGACAUUCAAGGGGAAGAAAUUGCGUCCAUAGAGACGUCUCUCGAGCGGCUGGCCAAGAGCGACCGGUCAGUGGCCCAGACAGCGUCCAACUUGGCCAUGCUGCUCCGAUAUCGAGACCAACUUGACCAAGAAAAGGAAACAGCCAGCACAGCACCCGGGCCUCGCCAAGUGGAAGACCGUCGAAAGUACAACUUGGCGAUGAAUUAUAUCACAGAGAUCGACAGCCCACCUCCAGUAGUAUCGGAAGGACUGAAUCUGCUCUCCGAGCUGAUUCAACAUCGCAGCUCGGUACUAGACAUCAACACAACCACACUCCUGCUGUGUAGGCUUCUGGCGAAUGGCGAGGACUUUGUGAAUCUUCGCAUCGUCAAGAUGCUCAACACACUGGCUGACAAGCACCCGAAAACAACCAUCAAGGAGAUACUAGAGAACUACCUCGACCCUCGCGAAAAGUCGACGACAGAUACACGUCUCCGUUUUGGCGAGGCCCUGUUGCAAAUUGUGCAGAGACUAGGGCAGACGUUUGCAGGCGAUCUCGCACAGCAAAUCGCGGAGACACUACUGUCGAUUGCCGGCCGACGCGGCUACAGGGCAAAGACCAAGGCCAAACAGGCCAGAGACGAGCGUCUGCAGGCGCUCAAGGCCAAGAAGGGAAAGGCUAAAGAAGAAGAGGAUCUUCUAUCGGAUGACGAGGAAGAGCUCUCGGAAGAGCAAAAGGCCAACAACGAUAUCUUGACCCGCAUCCUGCAAGGAUGGGAGAGCAAGCGGGGGACUGAAGACGUGCGUAUGCGUACGUCCGCUCUUUCGAUAUUCGGCACCGCUCUGGAGACCAACAUCGGUGGCAUCGGACCGGCGCUUGCCUCGGGGGGCGUGGACCUCAGUCUCCACGUCCUGGUCAUGGAGCCAGAGAUGGAGAAGGGCAUCUUGCGGCGAGCCGCCAUCAUCGCCAUCCUCAGUUUCGUCCGGGCGUUGGCCAAGGCCCGCGAGGAGAAGCGUUCGCUUGGGUUCGGGCUCACGGACGCCAGCCGCGAGGACAUUACUCGGACAUUGCAGUACGUGGCCGGCACGGACAACGAUGCUCUUGUGCAGCAGCACGCACAGGAUGUGAUAGAGAGCCUGGAGGCCUGGCAGAUGACGAGUCUUCUCCCAAGGCAAGACGAGGAUAGUAUGUCGGGUCCCGUCCUCGGGAGAUUGGCCGGAUUGGCGGUCAACCCGGUCACUGGGAUUCACGACCCGUCUGAGCAGUCGCGGCCCAGGAUAGAGGAGAUUGAAUGA